UACUUUUGCGAUAAGGUACGAGUAAGACGGAAUUUAUUCCACUUGGACAGACGAUUUAAUUUGGCGUUUAAACCUCGGUUGCGGCAUCUUCGAAAUGACGUACUAUACAGUAUUCCAUUCUACUGUGAACAAUAUUAUGAACGCCGUCUUUGGCGAUUGCCGGACAUGUAUCAUGCCUCGUUCCUAUGGUUGGUAAAGCUCGCAGCUUUGUCAAUUCAGGAAGGGCCAUUCUUAAACUUUUGCUAACGCAUAGCUGGAUUUUCCCAUAAAUCUGCUCUCGGCUAAUGCAAAGAAAUGAAGACAUUCCGCUGACUAUCAUACCCUGCAGCCGCACACAAGCUGCACAACCGGGUAUCCCGACGCAAUGAUCAAGACCAAGGAGCACUUGUGAAAGUCGAAAUUCGAUUGCGGCCCCUCUGUUCAAUGGCGGAGCUCAUCCAUAUCCGAUCUUUAAUCCUUGCCGGUGGACAGUCAUCGCGCAUGGGCUCACCGAAGUGCCUCCUUCCCUUCCCACGACCUUCCGGCGAUAUUCCACUGAUCCUUCAGACCUUGCUGCUACACCUUGAAGCCGCACAUACCAACAGAAAGCCCCGGACAAGUGCAAUAAUGAUUUCUGUCAGGAAUGAGGCACAAAAGAAGGAAAUCGAGGAUGCACUGAAGCCACAUCUGGACGACCACCCCGUUCAAGUCGAAUUCGUCUUGGAUAUGCAGGCCGAUUGUGGGCCGGUCAUGGGCCUGGUGGCGGCGCACAAAGUUGAUGAGCAGGCACACUGGAUGGUCACUGGUUGCGACUAUCCAUUGCUCGAGACCGCUUCGCUCUUGCAAUUAUCCGCCGAACACAGCAGUGCUCAAAAUGCCAUUACCUGCUUCCGCAAUCAUGAUGGCUGGACAGAGCCGUUGCUGGCAAUCUGGUCCCCAUACGCACUGGAAAGAUUACUACGAAUGUCCAGCUCGAAUCCUCAUAUUGGCCCCAGUCGCGUGAUACGAGCAUUUGUGGACGAGGAGAGGGGCCUUACAGGGCAGCCUGCAUUCUCCAAUGGAGUUGGAAUGGUCAGUCCGCAGGACGAGCUGUGGAUUAAGAGCGUUGAUACACCAGCAGAGUGGGACGCAGCAAGGAAGAAGAUCUACGCCGAAGCGGCUGCGCAUGGAACUUGAUGUGUACUGGAGAAGGUCCUGUCCC